AUGUGGUUUUUCAGGAGAAGGCUUCCUAAAAUUCCCAAAGUCCUCAUUUGGCUCAUUGUUUUAACACACAUUAGCUUCUUCAUUGCUCAUUUCAGCUCCUGGUUUGGCUUGCCAAAGACAAGGAUUUUCAGGCAAUUGAGCAUUUUCCAACGUGUCCCGGAUACGCUACAAGUGGACACCCAAGAUCAACAGGGUUUAAACUAUUUUGAUAAUGGGAACUCCAGGAGUUUUUUAAAGGUGACUUUGGGGAGAGAUGUCACAAAGCUUGAACAAGAUAUGGUUGAAAGGACACCAAGAUGGGAAGGAAACGAGCAGAAGAAAAUUAUGAAACCCGUUGCCAGGGUGGAGAAAGGCAAGGAGAAUGUGACUGUGAAACCACCCCGUGGAUUGGAGGGAAUCAAGAAGACAACACUGAAAACAACCCCUAGGGUGCAGGGAAACAAGGAGAAAACAACAGUGAGACCAACUCCAGGGGUGGAAGAAGCCAAGGAAAAGACAAUAGUGAAACAAUUUCCCAGGGUGGAGGGAGCCGAAGAGAAGGCAACAGUGAAACUGUCAUCUGGAGUGAAGGGAACUCAUGAAAACAUAUCUGAAGACCAAACAAAGGCAAAAGAGCCUCCUGUAUCAGCAACAACUGUGAGACCUGUUCCUCAGACCGCUGCAGUGACAGAAAAGAAGAAACUGAGGGCUGCUGACUUCAAGUCUGAGCCACGGUGGGAUUUUGAGGACAAGUACAUGCUGGACAACUCAUCUCCACCAUCGACCUGCUCUGAAUCAGUGAAGGCCAAAGCUGCCAAGUCUGACUGGCUGCGAGAUCUUUUCCUGCCUAACAUAAUGCUCUUCACAGACAAGAGAUACUUCAGUGGCAGUGAAUGGGACCGUCUGGAGCAUUUUGCGCCUCCGUAUGGCUUCAUGGAGCUGAAUUACUCACUCGUGGAGGAGGUCAUGUCCCGGCUGCCCCCGAAUCCCCACCAGCAGCUGCUUCUGGCCAACAGCAACAGCAGCACGCCAACAUGCAUCAGCUGUGCUGUCGUGGGGAAUGGAGGAAUAUUGAAUAACUCUGGGAUGGGCCAGGAGAUUGACUCCCAUGACUACGUCUUCCGGGUGAGUGGGGCUGUUAUCAAAGGUUACGAAAAAGACGUGGGAACAAAAACCUCCUUUUAUGGAUUCACAGCUUACUCCCUGGUGACCUCUCUCCAGAUCUUAGGACGUAGAGGGUUCAGCAACAUUCCACGGGGAAAACAUGUCAGAUACAUUCACUUCCUGGAGGGAGCUAGAGACUAUGAGUGGCUGAAGGCUCUUCUGCUGAACACAAACAUCCGGGAAGGAUUCUUGAACCACUAUGGGCAAAGGCCCCGGGAGAGAUUUGAUGAAGAUUUCACGAUGAACAAAUACCUGGUUAUUCACCCUGAUUUCCUCAGAUACAUGAAAAACAGGUUUUUAAAAUCUAAAAGUCUGGAAAAGCCCUACUGGCGGCUGUACAGAAAAAAAACGCUGCUGACUGCCCUCCAUCUCUGUGACCAGGUGAGUGCCUAUGGCUACAUCACAGAGGGUCAUGAGAAGUACUCGGAUCACUACUACGACAAGGACUGGAAACGUCUGAUUUUCUACAUUAACCACGACUUCAACCUGGAGAAGCAGGUGUGGAAAAAGCUCCAUGAUGAGAAUAUCAUGAAGCUUUACCAGAGAUCCUGAUUGUAUGGCAAGGGCCAUUGCCUGGGAAAUCUCAACACCACCUCACUGGGAACUGAAAAGGACCACCAGCACCAAGGUUAGCUCUGGACUUCCAGGCACAUUUCGUCCCCACAAAGACAUUUCCCUUCUUCAGCACCUCUGUUCUCUCUGUUUCUACAAAUGUGCAAAUGCUACAGACCAGGAGAAGAACAGCAAGAUAAUGCAGGAUACCAACAAAGAAGUCCCAUCUGGCUAUGCUGCAAGACUGUUGCUGAAGGUUGUAGGUACUGGUAUUGGGAGAGAAGAAUCCAGGACGGUUCUGGCUAGCAUAUGCUCUAGUCUCUUGCAUCUUCAUCCAGGUGUUCUCCCUUUUCAAGGAGAUGCUUCUCAGGCCUGGGGCUACUUCUGUUCCGGGUGGAUUGUCUCCAUUAGUGGUACCUAUCUUGGAGUUGGGUUUAUUGUCUAAGCAAGCUCCCUUGGCAGCCAGUGGGUGGAGGUGGGCACACAGAUCCUGUCUCAGGUUGACUUAAUUCCUGGAGGUGCUGCUCUCACUUUGCUCCCUGCAGAUAAAAAGGAUGGACUGGACACUUCCAGGUGGCUAAUUUGGGAGAGGAUGAGUCUCAUUUCUGCUUCCCAGUGUGGCAUUGUCAUGACACCUCUGAAGGAGCACCACAUCUGCUCAAGGGCAGGUAAAUGCUCUCCAUGGUGCAGCAAGCAUGCCAGACUUGGUGUCUCUUGCUCUGGGGCUCCCCUGGCUGCAGGACAUGUGAAUGUUGUGUCAUGGUUCUGGCGUGCCAAGUCCUUGCUUAGCUGGGCUUUGGCACGCUUGGC